AUGGGGUCAAAUGUGGCCAUUAAGCAUUGUGCUGAGGCUGAGGCUGAGGCUGGCUGGCUGGCUGGUAUGGUACGUCCUUUUUCUUUAUUGGACAGUGAGGCACAAGUUAUAGCAGUAACUACUCGGCAGUACUCAGAGGCACUGUAUCAGAUAGUUGGAUCUGUGAAGUGUAGUCCCUUAACCUGUUUUGCAUCACCAACUUCUUAUGCUUGUAUUAAUGCUUUUGCCUCUUCGUACCGAAAAAAAGGAAAGAUAUGCUUGUGCCUCCUUCCCCCACAUACACAGGCUAAAAACUCGACCUCUCUCAUUCCCUCCUACACCUCUGCCUACAACAACAUAUCACACUCUACUAUUGCUAUUUCCUGCUACCACGUAUCACUCACUCACUCACUAGUCAUAAUGGGUAGGGAAAGCCAUGACCCCACUUCCUUUCACUCUUCCAUUGCCCUUCUACAAGAGAGGUUUAGACAAUUGCAGAGAGUAAAAGAAAUGAGGGAGGAGAGGGAGCUCCAGAAGAUGCUCAAUGAACCUAAACAAUUCAGUUCCAACACCACCCUCACUUAUCACAAUUCCAACAAUUCCUCAAUUCUCUCUCACCCUGACUCGAUCAUGCCAUCAAGGUCACCACCCCAUGUUUCUCUCUCCCUCUGGCCAACAUCUCAGAGCAAGCAAGAGGAUUAUAGAAGUGCUCAGACCCCGGUUUCGAUGAACCAUGCGCACUCACAGUCCCUGCAGGUUUCAUGGAAGAACGUCUACGAUUGUGACUCUGGCACAGAUUCUGGUGUUGACACUUCUCUUCACCUGUGA